AUGGCGACAAACACGAGUGCUCAAACAGGAGAUAAACCUAUUCAAUUGUAUUCAUUAGCCACACCAAAUGGACAGAAGAUUGGUAUCGCCCUAGAAGAAUUAGGUCUUGAAUACGAUGCACAUCUUAUUGAUAUUAGUAAAGAUAUACAAUACGAGGAUUGGUUUAAAAAGUUAAAUCCGAAUUCGAAGAUUCCUGUUCUUGUUGAUCGACAGCCACCUGGUGAAGAUAAAGAACCGUUGACAAUAUUUGAAAGUGGAGCCAUUCUAAUCUAUCUCGCCGAUAAAACUGGCCAAUUUCUUGCUCCUGUGGGAACACGUCAACGCUAUGAAACACUCGAAUGGCUUAUGUGGCAAAUGGGCGGCGUUGGUCCAAUGUUUGGACAAGCAAAUCAUUUCCAUCGAGCAGCAAAAGAACAGAUUGAUUACGCCAAAAACCGUUAUUUAGAUGAAGCAAAACGUCUUCUGAAAGUUCUCGAUACACAAUUAAAUAAAACAGGUUCUUACGUCAGUGGUAAUGAUUACACUAUAGCUGAUAUGGCUAUUUUUCCCUGGGUGCAAUUCUUUACCAAGAAUUAUAAGGAAAAACUCGAUGAUAACGCUUAUCCGAAUAUUGAUCGAUGGUUGAAGGUGAUCGGUGAUCGACCACAGGUUAAAAAAGGCUUGAAAGUUUAUAUGUCACUUCGUAUCGGUCAAAAAGGAUUCCUUCAGGAUGUGUAUCGAACGUACAAGGAAGAUACAGUAACAAAUAGAGAUCAAGCUCAAUCGGAACGAGAGGUUGAAAAACGCUUUCGUCAGUUUCUCCAUUCACAAUCCAGUUUAGGAUUAGAAGGUCCACUUCUCAAUCGAGACAAACAUGUUGCUUAUCUACUUAAAAGUCUUCGACACCUGCCUGAGUCUCAACAAGCACUCGAUGCUAGUCGACCAUGGCUCAUCUAUUGGAUUACACAAAGUCUUUAUUUACUCGAUGAACAACUAUCAGAUUCAUUGAUCAAUGAUAUUUGUGGUUUUUUGACCCGCUGUCAACAUCCGGCUGGCGGCUUCGGAGGUGGUCCUGGUCAAAUAGCUCACUUAGCUCCGACAUAUGCUGCUGUAAAUGCCCUAUGUUUACUACGAAGCGAAAAGGCUUAUCAAGUGAUUGAUCGGAAAAAACUGUCCGCAUGGCUGAAAACAAUCCGUGAUCCGUUGAAUGGCAGUUUUAGUCUUCAUCUUGAUGGUGAAUCAGAUAUUCGUGCGACUUAUUGUGCAGCGAGUGUCGCAACCCUAUGUCAAUUAGAAGAUCGCAAUGAACUCUUUAAAAAUACUGCUGAAUGGGUAGCAAGUUGUCAAACGUAUGAAGGUGGUUUCGGUGCAUGUCCUGGCGCUGAAGCACAUGGUGGAUAUUCAUUUUGUGGUUAUGCGACACUAAUCUUACUUGAUCGAGAAUCCAUAUGUGAUCGUGAAAGUUUGCUUAGAUGGACUGUUAAUCGACAGAUGACAUUUGAAGGCGGCUUUCAAGGCCGUACAAAUAAACUUGUCGAUGGAUGCUACUCAUUUUGGGUGGGCGCAUUGCUUCCACUUAUUGAAAAUAUCGAACGACGAAAACCCAUGCGAAAUGAUCAAAAUGUGAAUGAUAGACAUGAUGGACAGCUGUUUAACACGAUUGCGGCGCAAGAAUAUGUUCUUCUGUGUAGUCAAGGAAACCAAACGGGUGGUUUUAGUGAUCGACCAAAGCUUGAUGGACGUACUGAUCUUUAUCAUACAUGUUACUGUCUAAGCGGACUCAGUCUAUUUCAAAAUAGUGGUUUAGAUCAAACGCCAGUCAUCUGUGGAGGUGACGUCAAUCGACUACGUAAUACGCAUCCACUGUUCAACAUCGGUCCCGAAUGUGCACGAGAUGCAAUGGCUUACUAUUCACAAAAGCAACUCUAG